AUGGACUCGAUGAUCCCCGACCCCGACCCGGUUCCCCCUCCCUCCCUCCCCGACCUUCGCGAGCACGUUCAACGCCUCGAAGCCUCACACAAGGCCAAGGGCGUCAACCUUUCCGGCCGCAUCAUCCAUGUCUGCCACCACCUCCCCGUCGAGAUCAUCAAGGUCGUCACCGAGGAAUUUGAGCCCUCUGCCACCUACACCCACCCCAUGACCCCCGAGUUUAAGAACGAGGACGUCAUCCCUACCGUCGAGAGCUCGGACUCCAAGUGGAAGAUCCACGCGCGGACGGCUCACCCGGCGUUGAUCUCGGGAAUGAAGAGUCUGUCCGAGACGCACGAGCAGUUCGUUGUUGCUUGGACGGGUGACGUGCUCCUUCAGUCGCAGUCGCAGCCGACUCCCCAGCUCCCGUCCGAGAGCAAGUUCCAAUCUAUUGCUCAGCGGUUCAGCGAGGACGCGCCGACCCCUACGACGCCUACGCCGAGGAACCCCGCCGCGCAGCAGCCCAAGCCGUUGAGGGUGUUUGGCGGCGAGUUUAGCGAGGAGGAGAAGAAGGAGCUCGAGGGGGAGUUGAAGCGGUUUGGGGAGGUCGAGACGAAGCGGGAAGAGGGGGGAUUGACUUAUAUCCCGGUAUUCCUCCCGCCAGACGUCAGCAAGGGGCACUAUGAGGGAUUCUGCAAGAAGACGCUCUGGCCCUUGUUCCACUACCUCCUCUGGCUCGACUCGACCGCUACCGUCCCGGCUCCCGACCCCUCAUGGAUCGCCUACUCCAAGACCAACUCCCUCUUUGCCCAAAAAGUCGCCGAGAUCUACCGCCCAGGCGAUCUUAUCGUCGUCCACGACUACCAUCUCCUCCUUGCGCCCAAGAUGAUUCGGGAGGCCCUCGGACAGGUGUCUGUUCCUGGUGGCGGCUGGUCCGCCAGUGCCGCGCCUACCCCGGCGGUCGAAAAGAAGAAGAUGGACUGGGACUCGACGCCGACCAAGGAUGGCGCCAAGGCGGCAGUAGGGAGUCUGCUGGGUCAGGUCGGGCACGCGCUCGGCAUGAACCAGAGCCAGGGUAGUCAGGGGAAGGAGCCGGCUGAGAUUAUGAUUGGGAUGUUUGUUCAUACCCCAUGGCCCUCGUCCGAGAUCUUCCGGUGUCUCCCAACCCGCAAGGAAAUCCUCGAAGGGAUGCUCGGGGCCAACCUCGUCUGCUUCCAGACCUACUCGUACUCGCGUCAUUUCGUCUCGACCUGUAUCCGGGUCUGCGGUUUCGAAUCCACCCCCGGCGGUGUCGACGCCAACGGCUCGGUCACGGCGGUGGGAUACUGUCCUAUCGGGAUUGACGUCGAGCGGGUCCGCAAGGAGCGCGACUCGCCCGGUGUCGCCCCCAAGGCGGCUGCUCUUCGUACCCUCUAUGGCGACAAGAAGAUCAUUGUCGGCAGGGAGAAGCUGGACGUUGCCAAGGGCGUCUACAACAAGUUGCAGGCGUUUGAAAAGUUCCUCGAGGUGUACCCGGAGUGGAGGGGCAAGGUGGUGUUGAUUCAAGUGACGACGCCGGCGCUUAGCGAGAGCCCCAAGCUCGAGCGAAUGUGUGCGGAACUCGUCAGCCACAUCAACGGGACGUACGGGUCGUUGGACUUUACCCCUGUUCACCAUUACCACCAAGCGAUCGACAGGGACGAAUACUUUGGUCUCCUCUCGGUAGCGGACCUCGCACUCAUCACGUCGCUCCGGGACGGAAUGAACACCACCUCGAUGGAGUUUAUUCUGUGUCAGGAAAAGACCACCAAGUCGCCCCUCGUCCUUUCCGAGUUUAUGGGCACGGUCGCGUCCUUUUCUCAGGCGCUUCAGAUCAACCCACACGACCUCCUCAUGGUCGCCGAGGCGAUCAACAAGGGAUUGGGCAUGUCGACGGAAGAAAAGGAGGAACGGCACGAUACCCUCCACGACUCGAUCAUCGGGCACACCAGCCAUACUUGGGCAGCUACGGUUCUCAAGCAGCUCCUGGAGAAUGUUGGCGGGGAGCACCAGGCGCACCAGACGCCGUAUCUUGAUACUGCCAAGUUGACGUCGGCGUACGCUGGCGCCAAGAAGCGGUUGAUGCUGUUUGACUAUGACGGAACACUCACGCCGAUCGUCAAAAACCCAGCUGCGGCCGUCCCUACCGAACGCACCCUGCAUGCCAUUUCUACCCUCGCGCAGGAUCCCAAGAAUGUCGUUUACCUCAUCUCGGGGCGUGAUGGGGAUUUCCUCGAACAGCACUGGGGUCAUGUGCAGGAUCUGGGGCUGUCGGCGGAGCACGGAAGCUUUGUGAGGGGGCCAGAGGAUGAGGAGUUUGUGAAUAUGACGGAAACGCUGGAUAUGAGCUGGAUGUCGGAGGUGGAGGAGAUUUUCAGGUAUUACAUGGAGCGCACACAAGGAAGCACGAUCGAAGUCAAGAAGGCGUCUAUUACUUGGCACUACCGGAAUUCCGACCCCACGUUCGGCGAGUUCCAGUGCAAGCAGGCCUUGGACUUGCUCGAGAGUUCCCUCGCGCCCAAGCGGCCCAUCGAGGUCCUGGUCGGUAAGAAGAACCUCGAAGUCCGCCCGCUCGCCGUCAACAAGGGCGAGAUCGUCCGACGGCUCAUGUACGAAAACCCCGACGCCGACUUUAUCUUUUGCGCAGGCGACGACAAGACGGACGAAGAUAUGUUUAGAUCCCUCCGGACCGUCUUCCCCCCCGGCGGCAUCUCGAACGGCCCCAACGUCCUCCGUCCGCCCGUGGCGGUCACGUCGGCGUUGGAGCCCGAGGAGGUGGCAGAGCUGCCGGACGUCGAGUUGAUGGUCAAGCCAGAAGGCAUUUUUGCGACGACGGUGGGGCCUGCAGCGAAAAAGACGCUGGCGGGGUGGCACGUCACGUGUCCGGAGGAGGUGGUGGAUGCGCUGGAGCAUCUGUUGGCGGGGCAAUAG